UCGAGACACAUCUAGACACAUCCACCAGACACUUCUCCUCCCCAGUCGGCCUGACCUGUUGCUUAGGGACACGUCCCACGGCUUCUCCUGACGUCUGCCUGAUCGACCAUCACUUCCUAGAGAGAACAAGGAGGAAGGCAGACGCGUGAAAUCAUGCCACCAAUGGCCGGAUGGCAGUGAGUGGGUGACGCCGAGUUGACGUCAAAGACGGAGAAGACGAACCCAAGAACAGCUCAUUCUUGAGACUCCCCGAGGCCCCAGCCCCCAGCUCUUCCUCUCAGCUCGGCGUGAAGCCUGGCUCCUCCUGGUGAAAUCAGCUUGGCCUGACAUAUUUUAAGUCUUCGGACCCCUGGAUACUAGACAUCAUGGAGAAUCAGGUGUUCAGUGUUCAGCAGAUCCAACCCAACGUCAUUUCUGUCCGCCUCUUCAAGCGCAAGGUUGGGGGCCUGGGCUUCCUGGUGAAGGAGCGGGUGAGCAAGCCACCCGUGAUCAUCUCCGACCUGAUCCGAGGGGGUGCCGCGGAGCAGAGCGGCCUCAUCCAGGCCGGCGACAUCAUCCUCGCGGUCAACGGCCAGCCCUUGGUGGACCUGAGCUAUGACAGUGCCCUGGAGGUGCUCAGGGGCAUCGCCUCUGAGACCCACGUGGUCCUCAUUCUGAGGGGCCCUGAGGGCUUCACCACUCACCUGGAGACCACCUUCACUGGGGAUGGGACCCCCAAGACCAUCCGGGUGACACGGCCCCUGGGUCCCCCCACCACGGCUGUCGAUCUGUCUCACCAGUCAUCGGCCAGCAAAGAGCACACACCGCCAGUGGAUGGGGCCCCAGGGCCUGGCAAUGGGCCCCAGCAUGCCCAAGACAGUGGGCAGGGAGCCAGCUCACUCUCAAAUACCAACAGCCUGGCUCGCAGACCCCUCGGCCAGGACCCUACCAAGAAAAGCACUGGGGUGGCUCUCCAGGACAGCCAGAACAGUGAACUGCUCAAAGAGAUAGAGCCUGUGCUGAGCCUUCUCACCAGUGAGAGCAAAGGGAUCAAUGGAGGGGGACCUUCCAAGGCAGAGACAAAGGAUGCGGAAGUCCAGGUAGACAGAGGUGUGGACAGCAAGUCACACAAACCGCUGCCCCUCGGCAUGGAGAAUGACCGAGUCUUCAGCGACUUGUGGGGCAAGGGCCAUGUGCCCGUCGUCCUCAACAACCCAUAUUCAGAGAAGGAGCAGCCCCCUGCCUCGGGAAAACAGUCUCCCACAAAGAAUGGCAGCCCCUCCAAGUGCCCCCGCUUCCUCAAGGUCAAGAACUGGGAGACCGACGUGGUCCUCACUGACACCCUUCACCUUAAGAGCACCCUGGAAACAGGAUGCACCGAGCACAUCUGUAUGGGCUCCAUUAUGCUCCCUUCUCAGCAAAUACGAAGGCCUGAAGAUGUCCGCACAAAAGAACAGCUCUUCCCUCUCGCCAAAGAGUUCAUCGAUCAGUACUACUCGUCAAUUAAAAGAUUUGGCUCCAAAGCCCACACAGAGAGGCUGGAAGAGGUGAACAAAGAGAUCGAAACCAGCGGCACCUACCAGCUCAAAGACACGGAGCUCAUCUAUGGGGCGAAGCACGCCUGGCGGAACGCGUCCCGCUGCGUUGGCAGGAUCCAGUGGUCCAAGCUGCAGGUGUUCGAUGCCCGCGACUGCACCACGGCUCAUGGGAUGUUCAACUACAUAUGCAACCACAUCAAGUAUGCCACCAACAAAGGGAACCUCAGGUCGGCCAUCACCAUAUUUCCGCAGAGGACUGACGGCAAGCAUGAUUUCCGAGUCUGGAACUCUCAGCUCAUCCGCUACGCCGGCUACAAGCAGCCCGACGGCUCCAUCCUUGGGGACCCAGCCAAUGUGGAAUUCACAGAGAUCUGCAUGCAGCAGGGCUGGAAACCCCCAAGGGGCCGCUUCGAUGUCCUACCACUCCUGCUCCAGGCCAAUGGCAACGACCCUGAGCUCUUCCAGAUCCCUCCAGAGCUGGUGUUGGAAGUGCCCAUCAGGCACCCCAAGUUUGAGUGGUUCAAGGAUCUGGGCCUGAAGUGGUACGGCCUCCCCGCUGUGUCCAACAUGCUGCUGGAGAUUGGCGGCCUGGAGUUCAGCGCCUGCCCCUUCAGCGGCUGGUACAUGGGCACUGAGAUCGGUGUCCGCGACUACUGUGACAACUCUCGAUACAACAUCCUGGAGGAAGUGGCCAAGAAGAUGAACUUGGACAUGAGGAAGACGUCCUCCCUGUGGAAGGACCAGGCACUGGUGGAAAUCAACAUUGCUGUUCUCUACAGCUUCCAGAGUGACAAAGUGACCAUUGUUGACCACCACUCUGCCACCGAGUCCUUCAUUAAGCACAUGGAGAAUGAAUACCGCUGCCGGGGGGGCUGCCCCGCGGACUGGGUGUGGAUUGUGCCCCCCAUGUCUGGCAGCAUCACCCCGGUCUUCCACCAGGAGAUGCUCAACUACCGGCUCACCCCCUCCUUCGAAUACCAGCCUGAGCCUUGGAACACCCACGUCUGGAAGGGUACCAAUGGGACUCCCACAAAGCGGCGAGCCAUCGGCUUCAAGAAGCUGGCAGAAGCUGUCAAGUUCUCGGCCAAGCUCAUGGGGCAGGCAAUGGCCAAGAGGGUCAAGGCAACCAUCCUUUAUGCCACAGAGACAGGCAAGUCGCAGGCCUAUGCUAAAACCUUGUGCGAGAUCUUCAAACACGCCUUUGAUGCCAAGGUGAUGUCCAUGGAAGAAUAUGACAUUGUACAUCUGGAACAUGAAACUCUGGUCCUGGUGGUUACCAGCACUUUUGGCAAUGGAGACCCCCCUGAGAAUGGGGAGAAAUUUGGCUGUGCUUUGAUGGAAAUGAGGCACCCCAACUCUAUGCACGAGGAAAGGAAGAGCUACAAGGUCCGAUUCAAUAGCGUUUCCUCAUAUUCUGACUCCCAUAAAUCAUCGGGCGAUGGGCCAGACCUCAGAGACAACUUUGAGAGUGCCGGGCCCCUGGCAAACGUGAGGUUCUCUGUCUUUGGCCUUGGCUCCCGGGCUUACCCUCAUUUCUGCGCCUUUGGACAUGCCGUGGACACCCUCUUAGAGGAGCUGGGAGGAGAGAGGAUCCUGAAGAUGAGGGAAGGGGAUGAGCUCUGUGGGCAAGAAGAGGCUUUCAGGACCUGGGCCAAGAAGGUCUUCAAGGCAGCCUGCGAUGUGUUCUGCGUGGGAGAUGACGUCAACAUCGAGAAGGCCAACAACUCCCUCAUCAGCAAUGACCGCAGCUGGAAAAGGAACAAGUUCCGUCUCACCUACGUGGCCGAAGCUCCAGAGCUUACGCAAGGUCUCUCCAAUGUCCACAAAAAGCGGGUGUCAGCCGCUCGACUCCUCAGCCGUCAAAACCUUCAGAGCCCUAAAUCCAGCCGAUCAACCAUCUUCGUGCGUCUGCACACCAAUGGGAAUCAGGAGCUACAGUACCAGCCUGGGGACCACCUGGGUGUCUUCCCUGGCAACUGCGAGGACCUCGUGAACGCCCUGAUGGAGCGGCUGGAGGACGCACCCCCGGUCAACCAGCUGGUGAAGGUGGAGCUGCUGGAGGAGCGAAACACGGCUUUGGGAGUCAUCAGUAACUGGACAGACGAGCACCGCCUCCCGCCCUGCACCAUCUUCCAGGCCUUCAAGUACUACCUGGACAUCACCACGCCGCCAACGCCAUUGCAGCUGCAGCAGUUUGCCUCCCUGGCCACCAGCGAGAAAGAGAAGCAGCGUCUGCUGGUCCUCAGCAAGGGUUUGCAGGAGUACGAGGAAUGGAAGUGGGGCAAGAACCCCACCAUCGUGGAGGUGCUGGAGGAGUUCCCGUCCAUCCAGAUGCCUGCCACCCUGCUCCUGACCCAGCUGUCCUUGCUGCAGCCCCGCUACUACUCCAUCAGCUCCUCCCCAGACAUGUACCCCGACGAGGUGCACCUCACCGUGGCCAUUGUCUCCUACCGCACCCGAGAUGGAGAAGGACCAAUUCACCACGGUGUGUGCUCCUCCUGGCUCAACCAGAUACAGGCUGACGAAGUGGUCCCAUGUUUCGUGAGAGGAGCACCCAGCUUCCACCUGCCCCGAAACCCCCAAGUGCCCUGCAUCCUCAUUGGCCCAGGCACUGGCAUUGCCCCUUUCCGAAGUUUCUGGCAGCAGCGGCAAUUUGAUAUCCAACACAAAGGAAUGAGCCCCUGCCCCAUGGUCCUGGUGUUCGGGUGCCGGCAAUCCAAGAUAGACCACAUCUACAGGGAGGAGACUCUACAAGCCAAGAACAAGGGGGUCUUCAGAGAACUGUACACGGCCUACUCCCGGGAGCCGGACAAACCAAAGAAGUACGUGCAGGACAUCCUGCAAGAGCAUUUGGCAGAACCGGUGUACCAAGCCCUGAAGGAGCAAGGGGGCCACAUCUAUGUCUGUGGGGAUGUCACCAUGGCCGCCGAUGUCCUCAAAGCCAUCCAGCGCAUCAUGACCCAGCAGGGGAAACUCUCAGUGGAGGAUGCAGGCGUGUUCAUCAGCAGGCUGAGGGAUGACAACCGGUACCAUGAGGAUAUUUUCGGGGUCACCCUGCGAACGUAUGAAGUGACCAACCGCCUUAGAUCUGAAUCCAUUGCCUUCAUUGAGGAGAGCAAAAAAGACACCGAUGAAGGUUUUCAGCUCCUAACUGGAUCCUCUUGCCCAGACGGAUGCUGCAGGUUUUAUAAGCGUGCACUGCUGAACCUUCCCUCCGGGACCCCGCGUGGCCCCCGCUGUCCCUCUCGUCCUGUCGCUGUGGUUUUUCCUCUUCUGGGCCUCGCCCCUCGGUGGUUUCCUUGGCCCUCUUGGGUUUUCUCCUUGAGUUGUCCUGCUGCAAUGCAAUGCCUUUAUAAUCCACAGUGGCUCUUACAAAACUGUUUCCCCCCCUCUCUUCCCAACAAGGGCAGAUCACCGGCGCAUGACAUCACUGGAAUGUGGCCGUUGUUCUGGGGUCCCCCCGGAGAGGCUGCAGGGACCGCUCAGGGGGUUCUGAGCCAGUCUCUCUGCUGCUGAAUCCCCCCCUUCUCCUUUUUUAUGAUGAUGUCCUGGUCGUGUGUGUGUGUGUGUGUGUGUGUGUGUGUGUGUGUGUGCACGUGCGUGCAUGUGUGGCACAGGCCUGGGUCUCCGUCUGUCCUCUUGCCUGGACAAGCGUGUGGCCUGCAGACUCUCAGUGCCAAGAACCGUGCCCUGGUUCUCCAUGCGUCCAUAAUUUUCUAUCUGUGCUCAUGUCCCUGAAACACUUGGAGGCACCCUCGUUGUCCUGGUUACAAAGGGCAGGGGAGAAGCAAGUGUGAUGAUUAAGGGGAAACUCCGUCAAAAAGGGGCUCACAGAAUUGGUCACAUUUAGAUUCUGGUACUAGUUAGCAGAGCCCUCCCUGGGAAACUAACCCAUCUCGUGGAUUAAGCACACCUCCUCACCAACCCCACCCCCGCACCCCAGACAGGAUCACCUGAUUUGGCCCUCCCUGGACCAUCACACCCACAAGACAGGGAGGUGACGUCCCAGGGAGUAUGCGGGAAAUAAGAAUCUUCCCAUCUUUAUCCCCGGGUGACUUUGGGCAAGUUACUUGUCCGCUGUUCCCCCUUGUAAUGUUAUGAAGCAAAAGAAGGAUGCAUAGAUCAGCCUUUAAAGUGGUAGAGACUGGAAACAGUAUCAAGGAAGAAUAUCGCUGCUAUUUUUUUUAUUGCCCCAAACGGGGCUGGCCCUUCCACUCUAGGAAGGAAAUAACAGAAGGCCGGUAAAUCGGGUAGGUCGGAGAGGAAAGCCAUAAUGAGACGCCACACGGCUUCCUCCACAGGACCACAACCUAGGGUGGCCUGGCCCUCAUGCUCCUGGCCUUCUAAAAGUGAUCCCCCAAGUUUCUAGUCUGAUGAAAUAAUUUUGACGAAUAAACGAACCUUGACUCCUAUCAAAAAUGGGCAGUGCAGUCUUCAGUGGGAAUCAGGGUCAGUACGCUCCUCCCCACCCCACUUCCCCCCACAGCAGGCAACCUGCUGCGCCCACCCAGUCAGGAUGAAUGGGCUGCGAGGGCCCCU